GGAUAAAUUUUUGUUUUGUUGUUGUUGCAAAACCAAAUAGAGAGAGAGAGAGAGAAUCAAAUUUUUCAGGGAAGGUCUCAGGAAGUAAAAAAAAAAAGCUAUGGAUUUGGCUCUUCAUUCUCCUAGUGCUUACCCGUUGAUCAAACAAGGAUUCAUGAGAGCCAAAUCAACCAAUCAUCGUCCUGCUCGAGCAGAUAAACUUUCGCCGCGGUUUGUGCUUCAAUACUCAUGCUUUGAGCUGAGUCUUUCAAGAGUCAUGCUUCAAGAGAACCCUUUGUCUUCAAUGGGAAGAGCAAAUAAAGUAUCUGUUUGUUGCAAGAAACCGUCUGAUAGAGGAACUUCAAAUCCGAGUAAAUCUAACCAAGAGGAGAUCAUCUCUCUCUUGAAACGAAUUCAAUCUUCAAUCUCCAAAGGAGAAUCUCGGGGUGUUGAAGAGAAGAACCUCGAUGAGUCUUCUGAGAGCAAGCCCUUGACCAAAGCUGUUCUUGACGUUCUUGAGAAAUCAAGAAAGAAAUCAACUGAGGAGGUUCCUCGACCACCGUCUGGUUUCGUCAAGAGAACUCCUUCGGCCUCAGGUCCAAGAGGUAAGCUUCCAGUAUCAAUCAGCGAUAAAGCUUUAGGAGAAAUGACAAAGGAGGAAGAGAAAGCUUCACUGAUAGAAACUAUGAAACUUGCAGAACUCAAAGAAGUUGCAAAGAAGAGAGGAAUCAAAGGAUACUCAAAGUUGAGGAAGAGUGAACUACUAGAGCUCAUCAGAUCGUCCUAUUUGUAAUCUUGAGACGAUAUUAUCUCUGAAAUGCAAACCAGAUAACAAAUAUGGUUGGAGUUGUUACAUUUAGAAACCUAUUCAUGUAAAGUUGAUAGAUGUUCAAGAAGCUCAACCUUGUAAAGUAUGGUUUUUCAUGGCUGUUGUCAAACAAAGUUAAUAAUUGGUAACAAAACCCCAAAAAUGGUUCAUA